AUGCCUCAAGGCUACAACCAAAACCCACCUCCAUUGGACACAGUUGCUCGCAUAGUUAGCAUUUUCCAUGAAGACACUAUUGGGCAAGAAUUCUUCGAUACAGUUCUUGAUCUUUUCACAACCUUCGAUAGAACAAGUUAUUCUCAAAAUAGCACAACAUUUACAAAUGAUCGCACUCAUAUUUUAAACUCUAUAAUAUCUAGCUUUACAGCGAUAGAUACUUCACCUAAGAUCCAAGAUCGUAUUGAUUCCUACUUCUAUAUUUGUUGUCGAAUAGAGGAGUAUGACACUAGAGUUCGAUCAUUCUUCGGUAUGUGGCCAGCGAGUAGCUACAACAAACAAGUUCGGCAAGCACUGCACAAUUAUCUGGUUAAAAUAUUUGUAGAAACAAAAGGUGCAAAACCAAAUCUCAAUAUCAGUGACAAGAAUCAAUUGAACAAAAUGAAUAUUCGUGAACAUUUAGUGAAUAUAACAACAAUCAAUAAUGAAGACACAUUCUUGGCAUUCCUCGUUUUAUGUAAAUUAUCAUUUCAGUCAUCAAUGAUUGUUGACGAUCAUCAGCAUCGUCUUCGAUGGAUAGAUGUGGUAUCAAAAUUGAAAUAUUCACCGUUGACUCUUCAACAAAUAAUAACAACAUACAUUGAUUAUAAAGAGGCAUUCAGUGAAUUCGCUUUCGACAUUCCAGCGUUGAUUCAUUUAGUCACGAUAAAGUAUCCAUUAUUGGAUGCUAAUUACUCGCCGUUCAGUACUUUAUUUAAUCUUGUACAAAGUUUAAGUCUAUCGCCUGAAUUGUUCUAUGAACAGUUUUUGGACAUAUUUACUUCGCGUAUCCGAAAUCAAUAUUAUUACUUCCAUCAUGUCGGUGAUUUAUUGCGGGCUUUGAAGUCCAGAGAAACCUUAUUCGGCAAAUAUUUUCAAGCUUAUUCUAUUUGGAAAUAUGAUGGGGACGAAGCUUGGAAGAUGUUUCUGUAUUUAUUUGAAAACAGUGAUCUCAGUGAAAUGGUUCAAAGUCAUCUAAUUUUAAAUUUGACCAGGCGUUUUCCAACGGCAAAUAUUGACAAAUUUUAUCAAGACAUUGAAUCUGCCCAAAAUAUAUUAGCAACCAUCACACAUGUGCACCGUGCAAGUUACGUAAAAGUAUUAGAAGGAAUAAUAUCUGUCUUUAUUGAGAAACACCGCUACAAUAAAGGCUAUUAUUUAUUGCCAGAACAAAGACUAAAAGAAUUUUUUCGGUUAGCUCUUAGUCUAUCAGUGGCGCCCAAUCUUCAGCAACCUCCUUAUGUACUCAUUAUCGAACGAUUGGUGUUUAAAACUGGUACUCAAUCACAUAAUAAAAUCAAAAAAAUGAAACUUCUCUUUGAAAAAUUGAUUGAUUUUGAUCAAAAUCUGCCAGAAACUAUUGAUCCUGCUCUGGUGAUUCGAGAUGAAUGGCUAAGUGACUAUACUUUAAAUAUUUCUACAGAAUGGUCGGAACAAUUAACUUCGAAAGUCUACCAUGACCUAUGCAACUCUCAUCUAAACAACCGUUUUACGAAGUACGUUUGGUCAAAAAUAACAUAUUUGGCACUCUUGAAAUCGAGUUCAGAUAAUAUAAAUCAUAUACUUGCGAGUAUUGACAAAUGGUUGCAGAAUGUACAUCUCGAUGCCAACAAUAUUUUGACAAUUAUCUUUGUUACCAAUGUAUUCCAUACUAUCAUUGUGAAAUAUAAGAAAAAUGUAUUCUUACUUCCAAAUGUCGAAAAGAUCUUCGAUUGCAUUCUCCAUAUCCACCAACAAGAUUUGUCUUCGGCCGGCAAGAAAGAAAUGGACGAAAUCAUCGAGAAUGGAAAGCAAUUCAUCGAAGACAUUUUCUUACUAAAAGGUACAUGCGCAAAUUAUCGUGCUCUUUUAAGUCCAUCGAUUAUUCGGUAUUUUCUUCGUUUCAUGGACUUGGACAAAAUAUCAAAAUUGUCAAAUCGGGAACAAUACAAAUUUCCGACUACAAUAUUAAACAUCGAUACGAUUGUGGGCAUAGCAAAACCAAAAGAUAUUGACAUGUCAGUAAUCAAUCCAAUAGAGCCAUUCUUUGAUCGAUUCAUUCGACAAGUUAACGAAUGGCUCACGUGGUUUCAUAGAUUUUUCAAUAUUUUUCAUUAUAUUGUUGAGUGGCUCAAAACGUGCAACGUCGUCGCGGCUGCAGAUAUAUUUAAUGACAUCAAUACUAUUAGAGAUGAUGACACCGUAGACUGCAUUCAGACAAAAAGAGUUCUAGAAAAUGCAUUACGACUCCUCAAGCCGUUCGGCAAUCAUCUUCGUCGAAUCUGCUAUCUAUUCAAUUGUUCGAAUUCGAUUCAAAUUAUCGUUCACGAAGGAACUGAUAAUCAGAAAGAGUCAUCCAAUUUCAUUCGUGAAAUGAAACGCUCUCAGUCUAAGAACACAUUCACUGUCAACAGUCUAUCAUCAGCUGAGAAAAUAUUUCCAAUAAGCGAUCGUCAAAAAAUCCAAUGGUUUCUCACUAGUGAGAAGUAUCCGUGUAAUGUCCACAUCGAAUAUCGCCAACAUGACGUAACCGCAUGUGCCGAAUUAAUUUUUUCAAAAGAGAAUACUUCCAUUCAUAAACAUGUUUUACAUGGUGAAUUCGAAACACAACGAGGUGGUCGGUUUAUAAUCACCAUCAACAACCAAAAUGUAACAAGUCCGCGUACGAUAUGGUUUCAAAUUAAAUCCACUAGCUUAGCGAUAUGUCAUCUAUUCCAAGGUAUCUUCAAUAUAUUGUAUCAACGAUACUUUGCACUUGCAACACAACCAAUUCGAGAAACCCAAUUGAAUGAUACACUUGAUCAAGUAUUUCAGUUCAUUGACAGUCUCUUAAAUGGCAAGAUAAAACUCAGUGAUAUGGUCAGUCUUAAAACUGUUUUUUAUGACAAGAACAUUAAUGUCCGGGAAGAAGUCCAAAGACUUUUCACAAAUCGUUCAACAACUCAAGGAACAUCAAGAGCAAGCAGAGUAACAGUGGUCGAUGGUCCCGAUCAAAAUGACAUUGAACAAGUAUGCAAAUGGCUGAAAAUCUACCAAUAUUAUUGUCACAUCAAUAGUAUCGUUGAUUGUAUUCGACAAUUUGAUAUUAUUCCCAUGGAUCAUGAAGAUGAGUCAAUUGAUCAUCUUAAACGAUUGAGUAGCAACGAAAAUAUAUCUCUUAGCGAAAUAAGUCAAGUUUACAAAAUUCUUCUGGAACAAUUUACAACACUCGGAGGCGAACAUUUACAUUUGAUUAAGAUAUCAGUAGAAUGUUCAGCUGUGGUUAAGAUGAUGGAAAAAUCUGAUUUAUAUUCGCCUCAAGGACGACAUAAAUUUCAAGAAUUACGAGAUAAUUUGACCACGCAAUUUCAAUUCCAAGAACGAAAUAGUAUGAUUCUUAAUUCGUUAAUAAUUACUUAUGUAUUAUGCGAACCAUUUAUUACUAAAGCAAAAAUCUUGAAAGAAUUUGUUAGUCGUCUUUCGCAACUACGCAGCGUUGAAGAAAGCUCACUGAAGCAUAUGAGAGUAAUAAAUGAAAAUAUACAAACUGUUAAUAUGUGGCUAUCAACAGAAGAGACAUCGACAUUGGACAAUGCUCUCGUCACAAUGGAACACAUAUAUAAAACAGGCAUCAUUACUAUACGGCUAGGACGUUUGAUAAAUAAGCCAUCCUAUUUUCAAAUCGAAUAUUCGAUUGUUAAAAUGAGAGCAUCGACAGAUACUGACAAUCUCGAUGCAGAAGUCGAGCAAGAAGAUAGACCGCAAGAUCUGAAAAGAACCAAAUUUGUUUUGUCUAUGGCUGAUAUCAACGAUCAUAAACGUCAACUUACAUUUUGCAACGUCGACCUGCCAUCGAAUAUGUCUCACAAGAAAGUUUUACUGAGUGAACAACUUCGAUUAUUGGAGAUUGUUGAGAAAAUAUAUUCGAUGUUUGUCAAACUAGAAAUUGCCGGUCAUCCAGAUUGCCAGCUCAGGGAUAAGCAAUACGAAAUUCACGAUAGGACAAGCAAAAUCAGUUCGCUAUUAUCCAAAAUACGAGACAAUCAAAAUAUAACAGAUCAACAAUUACAAGAAGCGAUUCGAGUUCAAACAGAUCAUUUACAACUGACCUAUCGUACAUUAGAAACAAAUUAUGCGAUUUGGUUAGGCAAUUUGAGUCGAUUUAGAGAAGAAAACUCGACGCUUAAAUUAUUCUCCAAUAGGCAAAUCAUGAUCAUGAUCAUUCUACUUUCAACUGAAAAUCUAAUUAAAUGCCAUUUUCUCAGCGAAUUGUACUCAUCAAUAGAUAUCAACAAUCAAAAUACCAACGAACUCAAAUUAACGUUACAGUUAUUAUCACACUAUUUACAUUCUUUGAGAAUAAGUAAUUCUAGGUUGUCGCAAGACACUGUCUCUCAUAUUUAUGCGCGGUACAAGAUCGGCAAAGAUGCAAGCGCGGAAAUGUGUCUGCAACAACUAUGUAGUUUUAUACAGGCUUUUAUUGACAACAAAGAAGAACUCUAUCGGCAUGAUAGCACGGAAAAUGAGAAUCAACGAUAUCUCGUUGCAUUGCCUGCAAUGGAGGAGACAUCAUUAAAGCUCGAUCUUGACAUGGACACAUGUUGUAUUCUAUUAAAUACCUUUCAAAGUCAAUUGCCAUCCUUUCAUCAAAUAUUAUGGUGUUCGACAACAACUGAAGAAGAUAUUCAUCUAUUCUUCUCUCGUGUACGAACAUUCCAAGACUCAACGUUUGUUGUUAUGGAUAUCGACAAAAUGCAUCAUCGACUUCGCGAACUUUUAUUGAAUGAACAAGACUCAUUAACAAGAUUACAAGAGCCUCAUGGAGUUAUCUAUUAUGUUGCACGCGGAUCAAUCAUGAAUAGAAAAAAUCUAAGACCAUUUGAACUUGAUUUUAAGCAUCGAGAUCCACAUCAAACUUUCACACAUUUUCUUACACUCUGUCAGCAGAAUAGUAGCAGUGUCCAACCCCAAUUUGAAAUUAUAUGUGGAACAGCAGGAAUUGGAAAAACUCAUCACAUCAACAGGAACUACAAAAAUGAUGAUACGAUAACUUUUAGUGUUAAUGAUAGAUUAAAUGUAUCAUCAUUAGUCAGCUCGUUGCUAUUGUAUGAUUCAAGAACGACAAAUGACCAACCAACUGUUUAUUUCAAUAUUUCGAUUCAUGCGCCAUUUGAAGAAUUGAAUCGAGCGUUUUUUUCAUUGUUUGUCUGUGGCUCACUUACUGAUGUCGAUAGUGGUCUCACCUUUUCGUUAUCGAACACGAAGUCAUGGAAAUUCAUCAUAGAAAUUCCUGAUAGGAAUAAAAAUUCAAUGAAUAUCAAACAAAAUUUUGAUAACAUUUUACCAUUAAUGUCGAUCAUAGCAUCGAACUCAGUCGGUGGAGUUACUCGUGAGAACUAUCAACUAUUUAUCGGUGAAGAGGAAGAAUUAGUUGCGCGCUUUUUGAAAGCUUAUGAAAAUGGAACAAUCGAUCGUCUAUUAAUAGGGUGUGAGGAAAUUGAGAGACCUGUUGAAUUCGACAAAUUAUCAGAAUUAGAUGAAUGUCGUCACCAUAUUUAUGAUUGUAUGGAUAAAUAUAUAGCAGAGUUACCAAGAAAUAAAAUAUAUGAAAUAUCUUUUGUCAAAUUUUUAUAUCGACGAAUUCGAUUUUUUACUGGCUACUUUUAUCGUUUCAAUAUGUUAAUUCAAAAUCUUGGUUCGAUAGCCAUGAAACAAAUGAUACACGAAGCCAAACAUCUUGCUCAAAUUGACUUUCGUCAUGAUAAUUAUCCUCGUACAUAUCUAGUUUAUGAUCCGAAUUUUUCAUUACAGUUACUGUACGAUGAUUGGAAUAAUGUGUCUGAUGGAUUGAAACAGUUGUUCAAUUAUAAUGAGCCCAGACUAAAUAAAGAAUAUCGCAAUAGGAAUUAUUUAGUCGUAUGCUUAUCUUGGCUGAUUAAUAUUAAAUAUGAAACAUUUGAGAAAAUAAUGAAGGAUACAAAAUUUAUUUUGACCGAAAGUUUUGCUUACAAGUUGUUUCACAUACACGAACGAAAACUGACAAAACUGCCAUUGAUUAUUGAAGGUGAAACAGGUGUUGGAAAGACAUUUCUUCUUUUGUUUUAUUCAUCACUAUUGAAUGCAAAUAUUAUAAAUAGUUCACUUGAAGAUAAUGUAUCUCCACGUAUUCGUGAACGUACAAGUAUAUGGUUGCUACGCAAUGUUAUUAUCGCUAUUCUUGACAAUGAACCAAAUUUAUUGGGCACAAUUCUUCGUCGGAUGAAACAAAAAUUAAACGAUGAUCAGGAGACAAACGCAACUGCAGCACAUUCGUUAAACUUGGAUGACGAACCGGGAAUUGAAAUCGAAAAUAAAAAUAAUGAAGGUGACGAUGAACAUACUUUCCAUGAGUCUACGCAGAUUCAGCUUGAGAAUACCGAUCCAACCCAUAUCAAUGCAAAUGAAGAUAACCAAGAAAUUCAUAUAAUGCCACAAGCUUCAUUGUUGCAGGUCGUGCCUCAACGUCGAUUGAUUGAUCUCAUUGAUAUUGAUUUUUUAUACACGAUCAAACGUGCAUUAUAUACUUGUAAAUAUGACAACAACAUUUUACAAUAUAUUUGGAAAACAAUCAUCACAACAUCAAGUGAAAAUCAAAUGAACAUUACGGAAAAACUUAUUCUUGCGUUGCACAUUUAUAUAACAUCCCAGUUGUCAACUUUACCAUUGAUCGAAAUAAGUUCUUCUCUAAAGCAUCUGUUGAAUGAACCACAUUCGUCAUCAGUUCAAAUUUCGAUUCGAAUGUUCAAUGAAUAUUUGUGUUAUACUCAAGUGAAACCAGUGUUCUAUCGUCUUUUACUUCAUCCAGGCGUAACCGAAGAGCAGCUCGAAGAAUUCAUGUCACCUAUUAUUCAGCUUGCUAGAGAAUUACAUGGUAUCGAACUAAUUGUCUUCUUUGAUGAAAUUAAUACAUCAUCAUGUCUCGGCCUAUUCAAAGAAAUGUUCAUGGAUCGAACAUUACAUGGAAAGAAUCUACCAGAAAAUAUAUUUUUUACUGCUGCUAUCAAUCCAUCAUCGACACCAGCGAGCACUGACAAUUGUGUCCAUCGUUUGGAUUAUAUCGUACAUCAACUACCGCAGGCGCUUGAAGGCUUGAUAGUGUCCUAUGGUAUAUUGGAGUCAAAAACAUUGGGCGGUUAUAUCAAGAAAAAAAUUUCGACGUUUGAUGUUCGUUCAUCAAACAAUCUCGAAGCUCAAAUGCCCUUAGAGCACUUUGCGCAAGAUAUACUCUGCCAAUUGAUUUUGGCUGCACAGGAAUUUUGUGAAACACGUCUUGGAAAAAAUACGGUAUCACAACGAGAAAUACAAAGAUGUUUCAAUCUUAUUGAAUUUUUCUGGAAAAUGAGAUAUGAUGACGAAACUGAUGCAAGCUAUCAGCCCAAUCCGAUUCGAUGUAUCACAUUAUCAAUAGCAUUGACCUACUAUUUUCGACUUCCUACAGAGGAAGAUAAUCGACAACGUAAUGAUCAGCAUACACCAACACGUGAAGAAUUAGGAAAUUUACUUUCCGAUAUCAUUCCUGAUUUUCUCGAAAUCGUUCAAUUUGAACUUGAAAAAUUUGUCAAUGCUGAUAAUUUUGUUAUUCCACACGGUGUUGCAAUAAAUCAAGCUGUCCGUGAACAUCUUUUUGCGAUUGUAGUCAGUGUAGUCACUCGGACACCUCUUUGCAUCAUUGGUGCACCAGGACAAUCGAAAACUCUAUCUUUUCAAAUUGCCUUACAAAAUUUACAAGGUCCACAGUUAUCUACAAAACAAUUCUGUAAACGUCUACCGUCCAUCGAUCCAUUCUUUUGUCUUGGGUCAAAAUAUAGCCGUUCAGAAGAUAUUGCAUAUGUUUUCGAUAGAGCUAUACAACGUGAACAACAAUAUAAACAGUAUAGAAUGAAUACACGAUGUGUCGUUUUUCUUGAUGAAGCUUCAUUACCCGACGAGAAGAAAAUGAUAUUGAAAGUAUUACAUCCUUAUUUGGAUGAAUGCAAAGUGUCAUUCAUAGCUGUAGCUAAUAAGUCGUUCGAUGCUGCUAAUUCAAACAGAAUGAUUUGUGUUUAUCGAUCACGUCCAUCAGAAUUCGAUCAAAAAAUCUUAGCCUACGGUUGUCUUGGUCUAGAUAUCAAAACGGAACAACUAAUGAUUGAUAGUCAUAUAGGUGGUAUUGUGCACGGCCUCUGUCAAGGUUAUCGUGAGGUACUCAUGAGUCCAGAUAUUCUAAAAAUCUUUCACGAUAGAGAUUUCAUCUAUAUGCUACGAGAGCUUCGCUUUGAACUGACAAAAAACUCGACAGAUCAAAAUGUAUCGACUGAUGGAAUCACACCGAUAAGUUUAUUACGCGCACUUGAAGACAAUUUCAAUGGAAUCACUGAAGAACAAUUUAAAAAAUUGGUUCAAAUUUUUUAUGAUGCUGUUCAAAAAGAAUGUGAUAAAUUUGUCUUAGCAUCUAGAGAACAAGAUAAUAUCAUUUAUCGAAAUGUACCGACGAUUAUGCGUGAAUCAAUGGGACUUGAAUCGAGUCGUCGUCGCCUUUAUGGUCGCUACAAAUUAAUUAUCGACGAAUCCGAAGACGAAAGUGCCGUUCAUCUUCUCUUUCAAAGUUGUCUUCUCAGUUCGGAUCCGAAACGAACGACUGUCUUUCGAAUGUCUGACUUUGCAGAAGAUAUUAAUAAUGAACUUAGAAAUACUGAAAUUCUUUCAAAUAUCAAAUUGUGUAUGGAAACAGGCAAAACAAUAUUGAUGGUCAAUACGGAACGCAUUCAUGGUUCACUUUAUGAUGUAUUUAAUCAAAAUUUUUCAAUUAUGGCUACAGAUGAUACAAGAAAGAUCUUUUCUAAAGUAGCAAUUGGUCCUAAAACUAUUGAUGUUGCGGUGCAUGAAGAUUUUCAAUGUAUCAUACAUGUAAAACGAAAAGACGUGAUAAAUAUACCAUCACCAUUCCUAAGUCUCUUUCAGAAGUACUCAUUGAGUUUCAAUGAUUUCUAUCGAAUACAACUAGAACGUCUUGUUGAAAAUGAACAGACAAUUAUAAAAAACGUCGAAGAAAAGGUACAGAGUUUCAUUCAACAUUUUGGACGACAAUAUUUUUAUGGUUUAAAUGAAAAUACAUUAUAUUCGUGUCUUCUACCACUCAUAAAAAUCAAUGACAACCAACAAUAUUAUUUAUCGAAUCCUAACCAACAUUAUAAUCAGCUCACUAUUAAAUCGAAAUCAUUCAUUGAGAAAAAUCCGACUGACCUCCAGCAGUGUCUUGUACGAUUAAUUCUUUCGCAAUUGAUCCAACUUGUUUCUCCAGAAUCGAUCAUUUUAAAAUUACCAACUUUAGAAGAUACCAUAGCGCAAUCUCUUUGUACAAAUUAUUUUCAACAACAAGAGCAUUUCCAUAUUGAAAAUUUUAUUCGAGAAUUAAUUUCACAACCAUUGAUUGAUGUUGAUAAUAGUGAACGCUUGAAAAAUUCUACGGAUGAAUCCCGAACGGAGACCAACAUUAAAAUAACAAAAAAAGUGAUGAUAUUUACACGAACAUCGUCUUAUUUAGAUGGUCUCAAUGAGCAAACAAAAUCGGAAUUUUUCAAUAAUGAUGACUUUAACUGUUAUGAUGGAAACCUCACCGAUAAAAUUGAUGUUCUAAAUCUAGCAUCCAUAGAAAACUCUGUGGAACUACAAGAUGGAUUUCAUGCUUUUGGGCACGACGAACAAAAAGCUAUUCUCAUCAUUGUCAUUGAUGCUCAACAAUCUCAUCAUAUUCCUUUUCUUCGACAACUUAUUGAUCAUACUCAAUAUACGUACAAUACUGAUAUGCAAAAACAAGCAAAAUAUUUUCUUAUGCUUGUUCAUUCUCCUGCACGGCAACUUUAUCAUCAAUUUUGUUUUGCUUCAAUUUUUUUGAACGAUUGGAAUUUUUAUUUUUUUGAUAGUUAUAUAUCAGGGAGCUCACUUCACCUACAAAAAAUGCUACAAAUAUUAUCACCGUCUACCGAGCAACAAGAAGAAACAUAUGACAAUAUCCUCCUCGAUCUCAAUACUACUUUUGACGAUUGUCUAUGGGAUUUUUGUUCAAAAAUUCAAAUUUUUCUUCAAGAAUUACCACAAGAAACAUUUAAAGAUAAACGUGCAUAUCAAUUCUAUCAACGUGGAACGAGUGUUACCAGACGUGUUCAAUGUUUAAAACAAAUUCUGCAACAAUCAACUCAAUUACAAAAACAUAUUGUCAAUAUUUAUCAUGAAUAUUUAUCGAAGCAAAAAGAUUCUCGUCAUAAAAUCUACGAAAUGAUUUAUCGAAUCUCGAAAGAUAUCAUUUGUGGUAAACGUUUCGAAGGUCUUAUAGAGUCUAUUCAUUCUUACACUCGAGCUUCCUUUACAAGGUUCGUCUCAAAUAUCUUAAAAGUUACUAUUAAUAAUUAUGGGUUGGAUGCAUUAUUGAAAUUGUCGACAAAUCAAUCUGGUUUCAAUUCAUUGUUGAAAUUAAUCGAUUAUUCUUCUUUUACUGCCGAAGAUGAGAGUGUCAAUGUCUUGACAUCACCGCUGGACCAUAGAACAUUUCAAAUUGUGACACAAUAUUCCUGUAUUGCCGAAACGCCGCUUUAUCAUUUAUUCCAUCAGAGAGUUCGAGCACACGUUGAAGACAUCAAAUUGAAGCAUAUUAGUAAACUAAAUGAAAAUAAAGAACAAGACAUAAUUGUUCAUCAACGCCAUGAUGUAACUCGACGAGUCACUACUGUUGAUAAUACUGAUUCUGAACUAAACGAAACAGGCAUAUUGUCUGCAGAGCAAUUCCGAUCUAAAUUGGUAACAUCUAUUCUGAAGGAUACAACAUUAGCUGACGCCAUCACUGAACAUGUUCUCAAUUCAUAUUUAAAUGAUUUAGUUCGAACGUUCUGUUUAGUCUUAGAAAAACAGUUCCCUGCGGAUCAUGCUCAAUCUGAAAAAGUGAUCGGUUUCAUUGCAAAAUGGAUACAACUCGUCGACGAUGACGAUCUUCAAUUGCUACAAUCAAGUGUAAAUCAAAAUAUUUUUCUGCUUGCGUAUGCCUUUACCAUGUUUGAAUAUGUGCAAAACGAUGUCUUAUCAUUAUACUCAGCUUGUCGAGUAAUCAAUCGGCUUAAUCCAACAGAAUCAUUUCAAAUUGAUUUAUUCAAUAAAAACGGAUCCAAUCGAUCAAGAGUACGCGAAGAAUUGCUUCGACAUAUGUUCGAUCUUCUAUGGAAGAGUCUAAGAGAAAUAUGUUUGAAUGAUAAUGAAAAUAGCGAAACAUGGAUUCAAAGCUAUGUCUUCAUUUCCAAAUACUAUCCAUCAGACAAAAUACUCGGGCAAAUUCAACUCAUCGAAAUCAAGAGCGAAUUGGAAUUGAUGAAUUUGGCUUAUCUCAUCUUUCUAAAUGAGAAAAUUUCUCAUCCAAAAGAACUUGUGUCUCGUUUGUUAGAUCUCUUGAAUUCUCAUGGCAAUGAAAACAAUGUGAGCUAUGAUACAUCGCAUUUCUUUAAAUUGUUACCUGACAUCAUUGAAACUAUUCAUAAAUAUUUCAUCGAUAAAAAUGAGAAUGAGUCAACAUUGAUGAUUGAUCUUCAACAAUGGAUUGUAUCAACAUUGAAAACUGAUACACAAUCGUGCAAAGAUGAAAUCAAUUAUUUGUUCAAAUACUUAAACCAAUCAUUAUGUCACUGGUCUUUACCUAUGAAACAGUUUGCAUUCGAUCAAUUAGCAAACCUCUCAGCUCAAGGUGCCCAACAAAAUAGACCGACAACGAUCAAAAUUAACAAUAAUUUCUUCGAUCGCCUUAAUUUAUUCUCUACCAUUGUGGAAUGUUUCUCGGACGAUAAUUUUUUGCAAAAUUAUCAACUUCCCUAUCAUCCGAUCGCCAUUGAUAAUAGAAAAAUACAAGAACGUCCAAUACUAAUCGAUCUUUUCUUUUUUCACUUGAAACGACACGCCAAUGAUACGACAAUAGAUACUAAACUGAUCACGAAGUUAAUGCUAUUGAAAAUGCCAACUAUCAAAUCCCUACAUCUGCUAUCAUCUGCUAGUAAUAUUUUUCAACAAUUUAAGGAUUAUUUUAUCUUACAUUUUACUGGCUUACUGUUAUGUGAUACGAAUCUGAAUCCAGAUGAUACAAAAAAACUUAUGCAUAUCGUUAAAACUUUGAUCGACCAAUACUUGUCAAUUGAGGACCCAAUAGUUCGAUUUAGUCCUCAUUUACAGCUUUUUCUUGCCACUAUUGUAUCAAAGCAUUCAUGGUCUUUUCUUGUGGAUCUUCUCAACUCGGAUCAUAUUCGAAACGUAAAUAAUCAAUGGGCACACCAUUUGCAUCGCCUGCUUGAAUCAAAAGAGCCAGCUCGAUUGAAAAAAGACUUGCAACGAUGCCAUCAACUACAAUUCACUGUAGCUUCAAAACCGGACAUUUCAUCAAUUUUCCCACAUCUUCAUUUGUUCUAUGAUGAAUUAUGCAAGAUUAUUGAGAACUGUGUUAUAAAUGAUACACCCGAAGAACGAUGGAAGCCUCUAUCGGAUUGGAUUGAAACCAAGCUCAAUUCCGAUCCUAUUCAACUCAAGCCGAAUGAAAUUAAAGCUAUGUUACUACUGAAUAUCUACUACAACUAUUAUUGUAGUAACCACUUGGCAUCAGUUCAGCCUCUGUUAGAAAUCGUCAAUGAUACAUUGGAACCUUUGCCAGAAGAUUUAAAAGUAUUUCGAGCACUAUUACAACCCGAGCAGCACAUUAUCGGAUAUAUGCAAGAGAAUGUUAAUGAAGAUAUCAACUGCUUAAAUAGAUUAUUUAAACUCGACUCCAACGAGGAAGAUGAAUUAGCCAUUCGUCAUUGUCUAAUCAAUCUUAUGGUAAUGAUUUUGAUGGGUGGGAAACAGAGCUUUCUGUGGACGUUUGCUUUUGAACCAAUAACACUAGAGAAUACAUUCGGUUUCGGAUCGACAACACAUUUCAUCAUUCAGAAUAAUGGAAUUCAUUAUGACUGUGGUUGUGUUCUAACACUGAAUGGGGAUCUUACCCGAUUUCCAACUAGAGAAAAUCACAGUGUCAUGAAUGUGCCAGCUGUUUACACUGUCUUAUUCUCAACUUUCGGUGCUAUGGCGUGGAAUUUACUCUUGUUUGACAAGUCCGUUGAAAAUUUGCACGGUCCCAUUUUAUCUCCGAGUGCUAUUGAAGAUAAUACAGUUGAUGUUCGCAUUGCUGGUGGUGACAAUUUACGAACAAAAGUUUGUCAUUUCGUUCGUGCUCGAUUACUGUCAACUUUUAACUUUUUAUCGAUUCGCUCGAAUCCCGAUGAGACGUGCAUUCUACUUGGACGUUGUUUCGAACAAAUGGCUUUUCUAACUAUAAACCAACAAGAUUCUUGGAUCAAACCUAUCUACAGUACACUUGACGAUGAACUCAACGCUGAAACGAAAUACGAGAGUGAAGUGUUUUUUCUUGCUUUUCAAAGUAUAGCUAAACACAAAACGUACAUCAAUGAACUGCAAUUGCAAUCAGAGAUUCAAACCAGUUUACACCAGUUCGUUACUCAAAUGCCUAUGACCAUUGACUUUUCACAUUUCCAAGUCGAAUUAUGUAAUCCAAUGCACGCAUGUUUACCGCUGAAACUCUUAAGACAUAUUUUGGAUUCGGUUGGUAUUCUGAAAAUGACGAAAUACAUUCCUGACUUGAGUCGAUUCUAUCUUUUGCUACACCAAACAUAUACUCAACUAAUUGAAAGUGACGAAUUCAUAAAUAUCACAAUGCAAGAACUGUACCAGCGAGCGCAAAAACUUUUUGUUAGCUCUCGUCAUCAGCAUUAUCCAAACGAGACUAACAAUCAUGAUACUAUUAUUAGUAAAGGUAUUGAAGCAAUCAAUGCUUACCAUAAAUUUACGGACGGUCUUAUUCGACCGGGUGCUUGCGAUGAAACUCAACGAUUCUCAACUGUUUCACACGACACGCCCGUGCAUCAUUUUGUCACAACAGAAAAUCAUGAUGAAGGAGAUAUUACAAUGCGCAUACUCAGUGUUCUAGUCGAUUAUCACAACAGUCUAUUAGAUUUGAUUGAACAAACAAUGAGUAGUGGCACAAAUGAUGGUGCUGGUAUGUUGAAGAUAUUGACUAAUGAACUGAUAUCUAGAGAAGUAUCUGUGCUAAUCAUUGCCAAUAAUAAUAAUGGAUUUGUCACAUUGACUGACGACGAUUUCUCUUGGAUUGAAGAACUAUGCCGAGCAAGUCUCUUAGUUGAUGAUGAGUAUUUUCCAAAAUUCGGUACACAAUUCACUGUCGAUUUUAUGUACUUGCAAUCGUACAUUAUUCGUACGUAUCUUCUACGAUGUCACAUUAAUUAUCGGCAAAUUGCUCAAAAGUAUCAAUAUUACGUAAGACAAAUACAGCAUACGAAUACAACAGAAAAUACUGAAAUACUAGAUCUAGGCGAAAACUAUGGAGUAUUGCUAGACGAAAGACAAUUAGAAACCGAUUGGAAACAUUUGAAACUAAUGUAUUUGGAUAAACUCUAUCAUGGUCAUAAUUUUCUUCGACAAAUAGCUACAAUAUUACGACAUAAUACCGAUGAUUUUUCUUCGAAAGGAUUAUAUGAAUUUCUUGAAUCAGAAGGAAUUGAUGAAAAUGAUCAUCUUCGAGAACAAUUAGAACGAUAUGAAAUAAGAAAUUUUCAAUUAUGUUAUAUCGAUCAUGUACGUAGAGUUUACGAAAAAUCGAUUGGUGGAUUUCAAUAUUUGUUUACUGAUGUGCCCCAUCUUCUUCAUACUUCGAUUGAUGAACAGUCGCGAAAUGAACUAUGUCAAAUAUUUGAAUCGGUGUUCAAUCUUACAAAUGAAGAUCUUCAGAUUGAUGAACUUCAAUCGAUCGUACAACAAAUCACUAAAUUCUCGAAUGAACUGAAAGCUAUCGAAAACACGCUCCUUCAACAAUCAACUAAAUCAUUGAGAGAAAUUUGCGGAUUCUUAGCUGUUGAAAGUCCAAUACUUCAAUUAAUUCCUAAUGCAAUCAAAUGUGAACAUUAUGUUUCACUCAAUAUUUAUUUGAUUCAAUUGCGAUCGAUUUUACAAGAACGAGCAAUUAAUAUUCAAGAAAGAGAAAGAAAAGUUUGGAGUGAAAACUUUGAUGUUCAAUGUGACAAUCAACAACAAACUAAAGAAGGAAAUCGUUAUCAAGUUUAUUUAAAUCCAACGACUACUGUUGACAAUAAUCAAGUUGGAAAUGAAACCGAUGAGUGGCCUUUACUACUGGCAAAAACUGAUAAUUUGGCUGAUAUUGAUAAUAAUGAAAGCUUCAGUAAUAUUGAUCGAGAACCAGAUCCAAAGCUUGAUAUUGAAGCCGCUCGAGUCAUCGAAGACAACGUUAGUUCCGCAUACAGAUCACUCUUCAAAUUAAAUAUACAAUUCGUUCCAUUAACCAAUUCAACAUUGGUUCAAAAAUUUCAUGAACAAGAACAUCCAAUAUUAUCGACGUUUGCGACAAAAGCUCAAAAAUAUUCUCUUAAAUAUCCUGAUGGAAGAAAACCCAGUUCUCAUUUGUGCAAAAGCGAAAAAUUGUUCGAAAAUCUUAAAAAAUCAUUUAGUGAAAACGCAUACAAUCCUGAAACUUUUGCCGUAAUCGAUCAAAGUCAAAUAGUGAUCGAUUUCAACAAUGCUGACAACCGUGUACUACGAUCAAUGUCACCAGAAUAUUCUAUCAUUGAAAGGACUCAUCUCGUUGAUCUCCGAAUUCAUUUUAGAACAAAUUCAUUUGAAUAUUCAACGACAUCUACUUGUGAAAUUUUAGCGAUCAUCAAUCGUUUUACUGAAGAUCGUCAACUGGAAAUCACGUCAUCUGAUGUUCGUCUUUGCUUCUUUGAUGAAGUCGGUAAAUGUAUAGAUGAUAAAACGGUUGGUGAUAUUGACCGAACUGAAAAUAACUCGACGGUAGAUAUCUUCGUGAAAGAAGAAGAUCAUAAGAUUAGCUUUUUAAGUCAAAUCACUGUACAAUUAAAAGAAGAUCAAAAUUAUAUGAAUUUAUUUUCUUCGGCGACAACGUGGCGACAGAUCAAUCGAUGGAUUAAAACUCUCAUAGUAGAUGAAUCCAUUGAUAAUUAUAUUAUUUGGGAUCCAGAACAGAAAAUAGUUGUCGAUGAAAAUCAUCCUAUAUCUUCAGCACAUGAUCAGACUACACUUGAUGGUAUUAGUGAAAAUGAAACAACUAAGGUCACUUUCCUCUAUGAAACAAACCAACAACUUAUUUGCACAUUAAAAUCGACUCCGAUAUUUCGUUUAUUGAAUAAUGAACAACUUCUUCGCCAAUUGGAGUUAAAAAUUUCACCAAAAAAUUGUGUUCUCAUGCUGAAUGAAACAAAUAAUCAAAUAUUGAUGCAGAAUGAUAUGCAACAGCCUCUUAGUGACUAUUUAAAUACAGAUUAUGAAUCAAUCUGUUUUCGAAUAGUAAUUUUAAUAAUAAUACUCAAAUAUGAUGAUCAAAAGUCAUUGCAAAUACCGAUUUCCAAUAGAAAUCUGACUGUUACACAAUUAUUGGAAAAAACGGGAAUGACUACUGAUGUUUAUAAAUAUUUAGCAUUAAAUGAGACAUUUGAAAUAAUCUCAAACAAUCAAAGUUUAUCCGAUUCGAAUGAAGCCAAUUUUAUUCUCGCCAAAGACAAUGAAAUAUGUAUCGUUGAGAUAGAAAAUAAUCAAGAAGUUCUACUAGUUAAUCUUGAAAAUGAGAAAAUCCAAAAGCAAUACGUAAUCUGUGCUACUAUUGCUGAUGUAUGCAAAUGUAAUAAUAUCGAUAUGAGUUAUCAAUAUCUUCUCUAUUCGGAUGAUUUUGUUCCAUCAAUAGAUACUUCAUUGGCGUCAUUCCGAUCUGGAAUGCUUCAUUUCAAAGUAAUUAAUAAUAAUCUACCAAUAUCCAUUAAGAUUUCGAAUGAUGAAGAAAAACAAUCAACUACUAUUCAUUGCUCAAUGUCAAUCACGAUCAAACGACUGUGUCAGAUUGUUUGUCAAUUAUUUGGCGUAAAUGAUUUCUACUAUGGACUAAACGAUGGUGAAUGCGAAUUAGAUGGCGAUUUGAGCUUGGAUGAUAUUGAUUCAUCCAAAACUGAAUACGAGUUGGCAUUGAAUUGCAAGGCCGCACUAAAAAGUAAAAUAACAUACGGCGAUCAGACAAUAAUGCUCCCAUGUAAUGAAAGGACGCUGCUAUCAGCAAUUAUGAAAGACAUUUGUGGGCGAUUUCACAUUCUAGAAAGCUGUCAUUCAAUGCACAGACUAAUUUUAAUGGAUGAUGAUCAAACACAAAUCGAUUUGGACAAUGUAAUUGGCGAUGCCUUGGAACUAUUUCCCGGCGGAACAACGGUAAUUCCUUUCCAAUUGGAAAAAUUGAAUGAAUGA